UUUAUCUAGACUUCAUAAUAUGUUUGAAGUCAGUCAUUCCAUUAUUUAUAAGUUAAAUAAAUGAUCAGAUUUUGGUCUUUUUUGGUAUUUCAGAGGAAGUCUGUUCGAGUUAGAGCAUUUCCAGCUGAAUAAAUUAAAGCUCAUUUCCUGGUUUCCUGUCACAGAUUUCUUCCUGGCAACAGAUGAUGCUGCAGAUCAUGUGACGUGCCCUCUGGUUUUUAGCACUGUGUUCAGUCAGACUGUCAGAGUUUGUCAGGAGAACUCAACAUGGAUUCAUAUUUUCUCUGCGUCAGCCUCUUCAUCAUCAUCCUCUGCAGAGCAGAUGGAUACGAGUAUUACACUUCAUCCCGCUGCCUGUUUAACUCCACUGAGCUGCAGGACAUAGAGUACAUCAGAUCUUACUAUUACAACAGGAUAGAGUAUGUCAGGUUUGACAGCAGUGUGGGGAAGUUUGUUGGAUACACCGAGUACGGUGUCAGGGAGGCAGACCAAUGGAACAAGGAUCCUGGACAGCUCACCUCAAUGAGAGCUCAGAAGGAGACGUACUGCACACCAAACAUUGACCUUUGGUACCGAAGUGUUCUGACAAAAUCAGCGAAACCAUUCGUCAGACUUCACUGGACAAAGCCUCCCAUUGAUCAUCAUCCUGCCAUAUUGGCUUGCAGCGUCUACGACUUCUACCCCAAAUAUAUCAAAGUGAGCUGGUUGAGAAACGGACAGGAAGUAACCUCUAACACCACAGCAACUGAUGAGUUUCCAGAUGCUGAUUGGUUCUACCAGACCCACUCCUACUUGGAGUACACACCCAGGUCUGGAGAGAAGAUCUCCUGUAUGGUGGAGCACGCCAGCCUGGAGAGACCUCUGGUUACUGACUGGGUCCCGUCCAUGUCCGAAUCCAAGAAAUUGAUGAUCGUUGGAGCCUUUGGGCUGAUCCUGGGUCUGCUCUUUUUCCUGGCUGGAGUCAUCUACACAAGGAUGUGCAGCAGAGAUGGAUAUACACCUUUGGCUCACAAGUUCAGUGAGAAGCAGCCAGAGGACUGGAACAAAGAUGCUGCAGCUCUGAGCUUGUGGAGACCUCAGAAGGAGAUGUUCUUCAAACCCGACUCUGAGCUCUGCUUCACAAAUGUUCUGCCUAAGUCAGUGAUGCCGCUGAUUGGUGUUCAUGCCAUGACGCCCCCUGGUGGUCAUCAUCCUGCCACGCUGCUCUACAAAGUCUACGACUUCUACCCCAAAAAGGUCGCUUCUGCUAAAGCGAUAAAAGCAGCUGAUUUGCUUGAGAAGACUUUACCAGUUGAGCUGGAGCCCAGGACUGAUGCUGGUUCCCAGUAGCUGCUGGAAGCUCUGUGUUUGAUCCAGGCUCUUUGAGUCAGGCUGAAUGUGGACUGUGGUGGAUCUGCUGGAGUCUCAAUGUGUUUAGAGAUUUCAUCAUGUGUGUGUGUGCAGAGUAUUCUUAGAGUCUUUACACCUGUCUGACAGCAGGAGCCAACCAGGUGAGCUUCUUCCUGAUGGACCUGAGCUGGAGGAAAGCCAGGUGUGUGCUGGGAAACUGAAUCUUUUAUUGCUUUGUUUGGCUGUCAGGCUGGAGGGGGCGGAGCUCUGUGGGUGUUUGUGUGUGUGGGACCUUCCAGUGUUAACAAACGCACACGUACAUAGAGAUGAACCCAGACUCAGACACUGUCAGCUGGAUUUUACUUCCUCAUUCUUUUCUCAAUAAAUCUGUUUCCACAGUCAUGUGAUCGGUUUCUUCUUUCAAACCCUGUAAUGACAGAGAGCCGGUUAGGCUCUGCAGUGUGGGCGUGUGUUUACUUUGCUGUUAAUAAAGUUAAGCAGAUCAAACAGACAGCACACGCUGACCUCUCACCUCUGUGAGCAGCCAAUCACAGCAGGCCGAGGACUAAAAAAAAACAACCUUAUCUCAUCCUGACCCUGUCAGUGGAUCCACAAUGAAGCUCUGGAUCCUGAACUGAGAGCAGCCGGAGUCAAACAGAGAGUCGGAGGUGAAGCUGAGAAUCUCCUGAGUGUGUCCAUCAGGCUCAGAUCCUGUGGUGCCAUCACUCACUGCCGUCUUUCUACAGAUGUUUCUCAGCUUAUAGCAUCAGAAAAAAUCAGUGUGGUGUGUUUUUGACUGCUGUGUUGCAGUUUGAUGGUCUGUUUUCUCAGUUUGUGACUUCUUAAAGUCUCUGUGGCCACAAUCACAGCUGGAGAAUCUUCUAAAACCAAGGAAGGGAGCUCUGGCUCUUCCUUUAUUACCUCCUUUAGGAGGACACACUGGACCACCCUUUAUAAAAUAGGAGCGUAUAAUGCUGUCCCAUAAUUCACAGCAACACACUCAGACACAGAUCAUCAUGUAUGUGAUGGCUGUGGUAUCCUUGUUUAGCGUGCUGAUGUGUUUGAAAUAGCUUUUGUUGUGUUGCUCUUUACUCACCUGCUGACAUCCUGCAGCUCAGCAGGUGCAUGCUGAAUAUGAUGAAUAAGACAAUGAAGCUUCACCUGCCUUCAGCAGGUGCACAUAGUAACUCUCUGUACUGAAACUUCUAUCUCUGGAGGCUUCCUCGAUGUCCGCCGACCAGUCAGUGUCUGAUGUUGAUGAAAAAGAGGAGGAGGCUCAAAGGGUGGAGCUGGCGAUAUCAGAGCAUGAGGAAGAGGUUGUUUGGGUUUCCAAUGAACAACUGUAUUCCAAUUUCACAGUUGGUCUAAAGCAAUGUUCCCUCUAAUGGUUCAUGUGUCUGAACACACAAACUCCCUGAGCAG